AUGGGCAUCGGCAAGGACAUCGCAGAGGGCAUGAGCGCCUUGUGUGACAACCUGACCAUCGAGAUUGUUGAGACGAGCUGGCUUGACUGCUGGACCUCCGAUGGGAAGCUCGGACCCAAACUUGCAGAUGGCACGCUGGAUGCUUGCAUGACGUACAGUCAUGGGCGCGGAGCACGUGACACGCUUGCAGACUUUUCUCUGGCAAUCCUUGACGACAACAAGGCUGCUGGCUUGCUGACGCUGCUGGAGAACGGCGUGCCAAAGGUGAGCGGUUGGGAUGACCUUGCAGGGAAGACGAUUAUUGAUGUUGGAGGGUGGGCGCCCACGGCCGACGGCCUCGGCUACGUGACAAACUUCUGCUCCAACCAGCCGUACUCGAGCAACUUCACACUCAAGGUCGGUCCGGAGAACGAUGACGCGAUGAGGAUGCUGCGAGAGGGCCAGGGAGAUGGAGUCUUUCUCUAUGCCGACCAGGCCGAGCGCUACCAGUGCACCAGCACGGACAUCGCACAGGAGUGGAACUGCAGCCUUUGGGCAGGCUUUGGCACAGAUUACGCAUACGUACAGACGGGGCAGAAGGGUUGGGCAAUCAACGGCACCACCCUGGCGAUGACAAAGCCGGGCUCCACAGUGCCAGGCCUCAUCAACUCCUGCCUUGCCAGCUUCAUGCAAACCGAGGAGUAUUACAACAUAUGUGCCAAGCAUGGCUUCGUCGACAACUGCUACCCCAACAGCUUCUUCCCAAACG